AAGCGAACCUCGGUCAUUAUCACAUGCAGCGAAUGUUUGCUUGCGGUCGGUUUCGGUCUUGUGUUAAAUAAGAUCUUACUUACUCCGUACAUUUGGAGUAUAUAUCAACUACUUGUACUUACCAACCUAUUUGAAGUAUUUGAAUUCGAGUACUUAUUUACGAUUUUGGGAACUGUUCGAUAUUAGGAAAUCAUUCUUCCGAUAGAAAUUAUCGCGCAUAAUCGAGUUGAAUAAAUCGAUAUACUGAAGCCUUUCACCCUUUCACCGUUGAUCUCUCAUCAAUCAUAAUCAUGUCUCUCAAAAACGGUAAGCUGUCUAUCACAUCCCAUCAUAUCCCAUACCUAAACAAACAAUCUCUACUCCAUCCAUCCACACCAUCCACACCAUCCACGCAAACCCACUAACCCUCCUCCACCAUAGACGCAUUCCCCUCCUCCACCGCCUUCGACCUCAUCUCGCAUUCCCUCCAAAACUCCCCCGCGGACCGCACCUCCGCCAUAAAACAAGUCAACGCAAUCUUCGCCUUCGUAUUAAAAAACUCAGCCGGAGAAACCGCCAGCUGGCACAUCGAUCUCAAAAACGAAGGCACAGUAGGAACGGGGUCUGGAGAAAAACCCACUGUGACGCUAAGUCUAAGUGAUGAGGAUUUUGGCAAAUUGGUCAAUGGAAAGGCGAAUGCGCAGAGACUUUUUAUGACGGGAAAGUUGAAGGUUAAGGGGGAUGUGAUGAAGGCUACGAAGAUGGAACCAAUUUUGAAGAAGGCACAGGCGGGGGCUGUUAAAGCGAAGUUGUAGGUGUGGAUUGGGGUGGGAGGGUUGGUGGAGGGGAGAUAAGGGAGAUGCGGUGGUGGGGAUAAGGGAGAUGCCGUCACGGGAAUGUGCUUGCUUCGGUUUGAUGUGCCUAUAUUGAGGGUUCAGGUGUCUACUCCCUGAUGGAUGUGAGUAGCGUUAAACUAGAAAAUACGAGAAUUAGUUGAAAUAGGAUAGUUUUAGGAUUCGGUGUUAAGAUAGAGCGCUGGUCUCAUGGAUGAGAAGACUGGUUAGUUCAAUGGUAUUCCUUUUAUCGCCAGAGAUGGAAUUGAAAGAUGAUUAUUAUUCUUAUUCUAUUUUGCUUAUCUAAUAUUGUGCAUGAUACUUGCAGACUU